CAUUUGCCAAAUUCUUUCAACUCCAAACCAUUAUAUAUUAUAUACAAUUACAAAUUUUAUGUUACAGUCUUCCAUUAUUCUCUCAUAAAAACACAUCUAAAAUCUAAAAGAAAAAUUGAGAGAGAGAGAGAGGGGGGAAUAAUAAGAUGGUGAGACUGAGAGAAACAGAAGUGAUCCUGAGGCUAUGUAUCGUCUUUUUUAUUCUCCUCAGUUCUUGUUUGAUAGGUUUGGAUUCUCAGACCAAAGAGAUUGCUUAUAUCCACAAGAAAGUCAGUUUCAGAUAUUUGUUAGCUCUCGAGGCUGAGUUAUACAUAAAUGUUGUGGUUGCUGCGUAUAAUUUGGUUCAAAUAGGGCUUGGUUGGUAUAAUGUUGAACAAAAGACCUCUAAUCCCAAAUGGUUCUCUUACCUCUUGGAUCAGACGGCGGCGUACGUGGUUUUUGCGGGGACAUCAGCCGCGGCGCAACACUCAUUGCUGGUGGUGACCGGUUCAAGGGAGCUUCAGUGGAUGAAGUGGUGCUACAAGUUCACAAGGUUCUGCUUUCAGAUGGGAAGUGCCAUCAUCUUAAACUACAUUGCGGCGGCUCUCAUGGUCCUCCUCUCCUCCAUCUCCGCCUUCAACCUCUUCCGCCUCUAUUCCCCUAAACGUUUCUUUAGCUUUAAGUCUUCCUCCUAAUUAAAUACCGUGUUAAUUAAUCAUUUUCUUAAUCCGAAAUAAUGUUGAUCAAUGUGAAGAAAAAGGCUGAAAAGUUAAUUUGUGUGAUCUUUCACUAUGAACAAUAAAUAUCAUCAGUCUAUUGCUUUGACAGUGUACGUAUGUAAACUGAAUUUUGUCAAGGUACGUACUAAAACUAAUAAAUUUUCCUUGCACUUU